AUGGAAGAGAAGAAAGUGCCAGUAGAGAAAUAGGCCUAAAAAAAGCCAGGAAAGUAGGUUGUGCCAGUUGGUAAUCAUGAAAAUAAAGCAUCAUUUUAGUCUGAAUAAGAUCUUGAGUUGAAAAACAGACUUGAAUAAUAUGCAUAGGAGAUCAUUUAAAAUAAUACAGAGAGUUUAGAGAAGUUGAAGACUGAAGUACGUUCAGCUACUACUUCAAUGACUUCAGUGCCAAAGCCAUUCAAAUUCUUAAAGGAAUCUUACGGAAAAUUGGUUGAGUUUUACAAUGAGUUGGAGGCAUCUAGAUUUAAAAAAUAAUUGGCAGAUUUUCUAUCUGUGUUGGCAAUGACUUAUGGAGGGGAUAGAGAUUCAUUGCUUUAUCUAUAAGAGGGAACAUUAGAAGAAUUCAAAUUUUGGGGACAUGAGUAUCUAAGUCAUCUAGCUGCCAAUAUUGGAUCAGAAUUCUAGAUAAGGCUACAAAAGGUAGACGGCGCCGAUGAUUUACUGUUUUUAGUUGAUGAAAUAGUUCCAUAUUUUAUGGAUCAUAAUUCAGAACAUGAUGCAAUUGAUUUAUUAAGUGAAGUAGAUCAAUUGUAAAAAAUAGAACAAUAUGUGAAUCAAGCGAACAUAUAAAGAAUUUUGGUUUAUUUAUUGAGUCUCGUUCCAUUUUGUUCAGAUUAGGAUGAAUUAGAUGUUUUACUUGCUACUGCCUUUAAUAUUUGUUUGAAGGUGAAUGAAUUCACUAAUGCUUUGAAAAUUGCAUUACGUAUUGACAAGCCAGGAAAGGUUGAACAAGUAUUUUAAGCUUGCUAAGAUGAAACAAUAAAAAAGCAAUUGGCCUUCUAAUUGGCUAGACAUAGAUAUCAAGUUGGAGAAGAAAUUAUUAAUGACGAGACUUUAAAAAAGAUAGCAGCAAAUCAAUACUUGAGUUAAUUCUACAUAAAUUUGGCUAAAGAUUUAGAAGUUCUUGAACCUAAGACUCCAGAUCAGGUUUACAAGGCUCAUUUAGAAGAAAAGAACAAAGAAGCUAAUUUUGAAUAAAUCCAAAAGAAUUUAGCAGCAACAUAUUGCAAUGGAUUCGUGAAUGCAGGAUUCAAGAAGGAUGCAUUGAUGAGCAAUAAAGAAAAUCCAUGGUUGAAUAGUGUGAAAAAUGAUCAUACAGCAAUUGCAGCCGUUGCAAGUAUUGGGUUAGUCAAUUUAUGGAAUAUUGAUAAUGGAACAGAAUAAAUAUCUGAAUACUUUGAAUUAAGUGAUAUCUUCACAAAAGCAGGAGCUUGCAUAGGAUUAGGAUUAUUUUGUAGUGGAAUUGUAGAUGAAAAUUAACCAGCUUAAGCCAUAUUAUUGGCUUAGUUGGAGAGUCCUGAAGUGUAGGUUAAGAUCGGAGCUGUGAUGGGAUUGGGAUUAGCAUAUGCAGGUUCAGCAAGAGUAGAAUUAUAAGACCAAUUGAUAAGUUUAAUUGUUGAGGCAGAUAGUGUUGAAUUGGCUUCUAUGGCUGCAUUAUCUUUAGGUCUGAUAUUCGUUGGUAAAUGCAAUGAUGAAGUUGCUAAUGCCAUUGUUUAAACAAUGGGGGAGAGACAAGAAUCAUAAUUAGAUAUCUCUAUAUCAAGAUAUUUUGCAGUAGGAUUAGGAUUACUCUAUUUAGGAUAAGCAGAAGCAGCAGACAUUGUAAUUGAUACACUUGCUGUAAUUCCUCACAAGAUCAAUAAAUAUGCAAAAGUCACCUUGACUUCUCUUGCAUAUGCAUCAACAGGAAAUGUGUUAAAAGUUCAAGAACUACUUGGUUAUUGUUCAGAAGUGACAUCUGAUGACAAGGGCACUAAGAUAGAAAAGAAUUAUGAACUCUAAUAAGUAGCCAUUUUGGGAAUUGCCUUAAUUGCCAGCAGCGAAGAUAUUGGUAGUGAAAUGGUCUAUAGAAUUUUCUAACAUAUAUUGUAAUUUUCAGAUGUGGAGGUCAAGAGAGCCAUUCCUUUGGCUGUAGCUUUGAUCAAUAUAUCCAAUCCCAAGAUUCAACCUAUGGACCUUCUUCUUAAGUUGGCUCACGACAGAGAUUAAGAAUUGUCCUAUAGAGCAACCUUGUCAAUGGGUUUGUUGGGAGCAGGUACUAACAAUUCAAGAAUUGCUGAUAAGUUAAGAGGAUUGGCAGUUUACUUUAUGAAUGAUUCAAAUGGAUUAUUCCUUGUGAGAAUUGCCUAGGGAUUAUUACAUAUGGGCAAAGGAUUAUUGACACUUCAACCAUACUAUUCUGAUAAGUUCUUAAUGAAUAAGGUGGCUAUUGCAGGAAUUAUUUCAUUCUUACAUGGAUGUUUGGACAUUAAGAAUUUGAUUUUGGAAAAGCAUCAUACGUUACUCUACUAUUUAGGUAUUGCCAUGUAUCCAAGAAUGUUCUUUACAUUAAAUGAAAAUCUUGAAAAUCUCCCUGUUUAGGUACGUGUAGGAUAGGCUGUAGAUGCAGUUGGAUAGGCUGGUAAACCUAAAAGAAUUACAGGAUUUCAGACUCAUACAAGUCCAGUCAUUGUUAGUGCUGGUGAAAGAGCUGAAUUAGCCAAUGAUGAAUAUAUGCCAGUCUAAGACAUGAUCUUAGAAAACUUUGUUAUUUUAAAGAAGAAUCCAGAUUAUAAACCAGAAAUUGAGUAACCACAACGUAAAAAGACUAGUUUCAGCAUGUGAUUAUAUAUAAUAGUAUGCAUAUAUAUAUGUAACUUUAAUUAAA